GUGAAAUUGCUUAUACCCGUGACUGACUUUAAAGAGGAUUGCAAACAAUGCUGUAACGGCGUAUGUGCUCCGAGGAAGUUUCAUCUAACUUUCUCUUCGGAAUUAAGUUGUGACAGUAGUAUAUAUUUUAUCACAUUUAUUGGAUGUUACGUGAACGACAGUUGUAUGGACUGUGAGGUGACCUCAUGGCUAUGGAUGAUGGCUAUGGCAGAAGAUAAAGACUCUUUACGCCGCCGUGUUUAUUAUGCUGCUAGAGAUGGUAUGGCUAUUACUCUGUAUGCAUUACUUGCCAAUACUUCUGAAAAUGACCUGUGUUAUUAUUUAGAGAAUCCUGUUGAAGAUGAUGGACAAAAAUGUACACCUCUUCUUAUUGCCGCCCUUAAUGGACAUGAUAAUGUAGUCAAAAUGUUGUUAAACAGAUUUGGACCGAAUAUAGAACAAGACGGCACAGUACAAAUCGAUGGGUACGUAAUUGAUGGAGCUACAGCACUUUGGUGUGCCGCUGGAGCUGGCCAUUUUAACGUCGUUAAAUACUUGGUUUCUCACGGUGCUGAUGUGAAUCAUUCUACGAAAACCAAUUCUACCCCUUUACGAGCGGCGUGUUUCGACGGCCGACUAGAUAUCAUCCAAUAUCUGGUGGAAAACGGUGCCAAUAUACACACAGCCAAUAAAUACAACAAUACUUGUUUAAUGAUUGGUUCAUACAGAGGACAUUUGAAUGUUGUUUCCUAUUUACUAAGCAAAAGCGUUGAUCCAGAUGCUAAAGCUCAUUGUGGUGCCACUGCCCUCCACUUUGCUGCUGAGCAUGGACAUUUAGAGAUAGUCAAAAAAUUGCUUGAAAGUGGAGCAAAGAUAACCAAAAAUAACAUCGGAAUGACACCUUUGCUGUCUGCAGCAGAAAGGACUAAAGCUGAAGUUGUGGAAUACUUUAUUAAAACAUCUUGGUGUUCAAAACAAGAAUCUGUUGAAGCUCUUGAAUUGUUGGGUGCUUCAUACGCAAAUGACAAAGAUUCUUAUAAUUUGGACAAGGCAUAUUAUUAUUUAAGAUGGGCAAUGACUGAGCGUUGUAACCAUCCUGAAUACUACCUACCAAAAGUGUUACUUCCACCAAUUCCAGCUUAUGACAGCUAUUUGGAAUGUCAGACUUUAAGUGAAUUAGAAGCUAUUAAGAAUAACAGCAAUGCUCUUCAUAUGGAAUCUUUAGUAAUUCGAGAGAGAAUUCUUGGUUCUGCCAAUCCUGAAGUUCCUCACCCGGUGAUAUUUCGUGGAGCAUUGUUUGCUGAUGUUGGUCGUUUUGACAGGUGUGUAGAUUUGUGGCUACAUGCCUUAAAGCUCAGACACACACAUAAUGUGACUGUCCGCAAAGAUCUCUUAAGAUUUGCUCAGGUUUUUGCACAAAUGAUACAUAUUGGCGAAGAAGUUGUAUUUGACAAAGUUAAGCAAGUUCUUGAAGUAACAUUACAAGAAUUGGGUAAGAAUAAAACAGCCAUAAAGAAAGCUACUCAAGAUACUUAUGACUGUUUAGUAGAAGAAUUAGAAGACAACAUAUAUACAACUUUAUACUUAUUAGUGAUAAUAACAAAGUUAGUUAAAAAAUUAUCAAUUGAAGAUGAAGACUAUGUAUAUAAACUAGUUUAUCAAAUAAACAAAUUAUUGCUGACUACUUCUGAUGGUUCAACUCUCCUACAUUUAGCAGUUAAUGCAGAAACUCCUGUUGAUGAAUUUCACACAAAGUACGUUUGUAAAUUUCCUUGUUCUGCUACUGCUCGAAUGCUGAUACAGUGUGGAGCUGAUGUAAAUGCUGUUGAUAAGUCUGGAAAUACUCCUUUACACAUCAUAGUAGCUUACCAAAAGCCAAUAACUGAUUUCAUGACUUUGCAUUCGAUAAUUACAAAAUUAUUGGAUGCUGGAGCACAUAUAGAUCGUGUAAAUAACGAGGGACAAUCUCCAUUUGAUGCAGUUCUUACUGGUGUUGCAGAAAUUAUUUUGAAAUCUCAGUAUCAACUAAGUUUAAAAUGCAUUGCUGCCAAAGCAGUUAAAAAAUAUAAUGUUCCUUAUGAAGGAAUUGUUCCUGUAAGUUUAGCAAGUUUUACUGAUAUGCAUGGCUCAAACAAGAAAAAAAAAGUUCAAUGAUGUAUCAUUAUACAUAAAUUUCAGGUUAUUUUAGGAAUGUGGAAAACAUGAUCUGCUUUGCAUUGUCUACAUAUUUAAUUUUAUGGCUUCUUCUAUCAGAAAAUAAUGGUAAUGCCACACAGUAUGGAAAUAAUAUGUGUAUAUUUAUUGAAGAAACCUACAAGAAAGUGUUUUUUUUUUUUAUAUAUAUAUAUAUAUAUAUAUAUAUAUAUAAUAUUAAUCGGAUUUUACAGUGUAUAUAAAGUAAAAAUUUGAAACUUACUAUGAAUAGCUUGCUGUCUAAUAGGAAAGAACAGGUAAUAAAAGAACAUAGAAGGAGCUGCUUCAAAUAGAUAUAGACAUGCUUUGAAAAUAUUACGAUGCUGUUUCUAGACCAUUGUAAUAAAAUAAAUCUUACAAAACUAGUAUUCUUUAACUACAACAUAAGUUACAUUUCAAAUUUCCACCUAGUAAUCUUUAAUAUGCAAUGACAUUAAGUCUAAAAAUAUAUAUAAAGUAUUUUAAUUAAUAUGUAAUCUUUUGUUUGGAAUCGGAAAUCUUAAUCAUCAUUUGAGCCUUUUUCUGAUCAUGCUUUAUUAAGUAAUAUUUUUAAUUUGUAUUGUCAUUUCAGCUGUAUUCACAGUCUCUUUGUCAAGAAUGGAUUCUAUAAGAUCACUAAAAUAGUAGUAACUUUAAAAGUUUUGAUUAGUUUUUCAGGUUAAUGGUAAUAUUUAUUAAAUUAUUUUAAAAUAAAAUAUAAAUUAUUAAUCUUUUCCAUUUGCAUUGCAGUAGUGUUUUCAUUUCUGCUGUUUACAAUAGACUUCAAAAUCAGUAUAAAAAUGUUGCACUUUAAUGACUUCUGAAGUUAAAGUUGUUAAUAUAAGAAAUUUAUUUUAAAUCAUUUUCAAAUUAAUAUUAAGCCUCUUCCAGCAAGCAAUAAGAACAUCUAUUCCCAUUUAUUUUAAAUAGGUUUAAUGUUUUUUCCUUCUCUUUCCUGUUGAAUUUCAAAAUACAAGAGUCAUUGUAAUAGUUUAUUUAAUGAACUUCAGUUCUUAAUACUUGCUUAAAUAUAAUGCCCUUGAGGGUUUACCUCUGACAGCCAUCUGUACAGAUACUUUCAGAGUCUGCUUUUUCAUAAUUUUAAUUUACUUGUAUUAUUAGCCCUAAUAUCAAAAUACCAAAUAUAAAGAUUUAAGAUAUAUACUAUAUAUAUUUAUUUAGUCUUCUAAAUUGUAUUAGGAAAAGACAGUGUUGCAUAUCAUAUUUUAUAUAGUUUUAUGCAUAAAAAUAUCUUUUUGUAAACUUUUCUAAAAAAUUUAUCCAUUGUAUGAAAUUGUUUCGUAUUCUUAUAUUGUAUAGCAGUAGUAAGCUAGACCGACUAUGCAAUGUGUUUAUGCCAGUUUAUAAAAUAAAUUACAAUUAGGCUAUCUUAUAUUUAUCAUUUUUCAAUCAAUAAUUUGUGAAUAUUGUGGUGUACAUUUCUAAAAUUGUAAAAUCUUGUACAAGCAUUUUUAUUUCUUGUCAGGAGGCUAUCCUGGUAGUUUGUUUUGUAUAAAAUGAGUUUUAUUUUGUAACAUGUUAAUAGUUUUUGACGUUUUAAGAUGUAAUUUUUCAUGUAAAGAAAAUGUAUUGCUGAAAAAUAUUGAUUCUGCAAAUGUUGGGAUUCGAAGUAUAAUCAUAUGGGUAAAUUUAUUGUCACUUUAUAGAAGGGAAAUGUUAGUUAUAAAUAAAUCUCAGUUAUUUCCUGCUGAAAAAGAAGUGACUUGUUCAAGCAGGAAGGGGAUUUUUUUUUGGGGGGGGGGGGGGGGUAAUUGUUUUGAAAUCUGUGAAAAUUGCAAAAGUAAGAAAUACUAAAACUGUAAAAAAAUCACUUAUCAGAAAUAUCCUGUGCUAUCAUAUAUUUCUUAUGGUCUUUCAAAGUUAUCACAGAUGCCAAGAUUACUAGCAGAAUGGCUACUUUGGCUGAAAGAUAAGUAUUUUUUCUCUAUGGUACUUCUACAGCAACCAUUGUAUUGAUUAAAUCUCAAAUGAGGUAUGAAUACUUAAGGAUUAAUAUUUUUGUGAAUGUAAUUUUCACAUUUAUUGACAAAUUUGUACAAGAUCACAUAUGUGUUCAUAUAUUCACAUAUAUCCAUAUAAGAUUUUUUAACUAUUUAUAAUUUUAAACACUUGCAGCAAUGUUGUGCUUUUAUUUUUUGAUUUAUAAAUUAUUAUAAAUAUUUAAUUUAUAUCCACAUAAACUUUUUUUUUCCAACAAAAUGAAGCAUUUCCAGAAAAUAGUUAACAGCGUUUUAAAUAAUCAUUUUUGUUAUAAAAUUUGUUAAUUAAAAUAUUUAGUUUCAUAAAGUUAUUGAGUUUAAUAAAAAAAUUAUGAAUAUGUUUAUUUUAAUUUCAAUAACUUUUAAGUUAAAGUAUAUGAUGAAAUAUAUUUUCACCACUGUGUUUGCUUUUGCUAAUGACAGGGCUUCCUUUCCAUCUUUCCAUAAUGUGCACAUUGUGGAAAUAUGUUUACUCAAAUAACUAAUGUCUACAGUUUUUUAAGUGUAAGUUACCUUGAGUAGCCUGAGAAACUUCUUUGUUAUGAAAUUGCAAAAUAAUUCCUCAUCUUCAUUCCUGACACAAUGUUAUACUUUGCUGGAAAUUCAUAUGAAUAUAAAAAUCAUCAUUAAAUAUUAAUAAAUUAUUGUUGAAAAUGUUCUAAAACAUUUUUCUAUGUUCUUUUAAAAGUAACAAUGUUGGAUUUGAUUCUUGGCUAUAGAUUGAGAAGGUAAUUUUUCAUCCAUGUUGACUGUUUUCAGAAAAAUAUCUGUUAGCCAUAUUAUAUAUGUAAUGCAAAUCAUUACUUUUUAUCUAAAAAUAACUUGCAUAGAUAAUUUAAUCAUGUUGUAAUAAUGUAUUAAAAUGUUUAUCUAGUCUGUGAAUUAAAUUAUAGAUUUUCAUACUUUUUUGUGUGCUUUAUUAUAUUUUUACUAAUGAAGUUGUAUUUCUUAGUUUUAGUUUUCUGUUUUUUAUGUAAAUUUUUUCUCAUCCAUUUUUAUAUAUGUUUCUGUAUUUCAUGUUUUUUAAAUAAAUAUCUGUUUAGUUCUAUAUUUUAUUAUAUUUGAAGUAAUACUCUGUAUAUGUGAUAUGUUAAAUACUGAACAGAUUUAAAGACCUACAUAAAGUAAGUUUGCAGUCUCUUUACAUAGAGCAUAAUAAAAAAUAUUACUGAAGGAUCUUGCACAUAAUAAAAGGUAUAUCAAGAAUGUGAUAUGUCCUUCAGUAUGUGCAAGAAAUGUUGUGUAUGUUUAUGUUUCUAAUGUAUCAAAUAGUAUGUCAUCUAAGCAAAUAUUAGCAGGAGCAGUAUUCAGUCAUAUCAAAUGAUUAUCUGAGCAAAAUAUUUUAGAUUUGAAAACAGUGUUACAGUUGACGUAAAAAUAAAGAUAUGGUUUAAUAUGCAGCUAUUGCCUGUUUUCAGAAAGAAAAUUGGAACUGCUUUCCAUUUGCUUACAAACUAAACAAAAAAUUGCUAUAUUUAUGCUAUCUCCAUAAAUAUCUUUCUAGGAUGAUUUUAAAUAAUUAUGUUACUUCCAUUAGUUAGUUAAUUCAAAAUUUAUUUAAAUGAGAUUUAUCUCGGAGUACAUAUGUAAAUGAUGUGAUUGUUAGAAAAUAAGAGUACUUUAUAAAUGCAGAUAUGAUUUUAAAAUGUCUUAAUUUUUUUUUUCUGGAAUGUUUCUAAAACUUUCUAAUAAUACAUAUCUUUGAAAAGAUUUGCAUAAUUAUUCCUAAAUGUAAAAUUUAUGUAAUGUUCAGCAUUUAUUAGUCCAUAAUAGAAAGUUUUUAAAUUUUUUUUAAAAUUGUUAUACUGUUAUGUUUAAUUGCAUUUAUAACUGACUGCUUACAUAUUAAAAUAAAAAUUUUGUGAGUGAAUAUACUAUAUUAUUGUCCUCUCACUGUUUUCUGAACAAUCAGCAUUGUUAGAAUAUGUGGAAAUAUUGAAGUAAAAAUCUGUGUUAGUAGUACAUGUUUACCAGCAUUCUUUUGAUAUUCAAACUGUAAUCAGUUCUGUAAUUCCCAUGAAUUUGGCUCAAUAUCUCACAUAGAUAUACUUUUCUCUUCCCGCGGGAAGACAAAAAAAAGGAAAUAUCAUUCAUAUUAUUUAAAUGUAAUAUGUUUAUGUUAAUGAAUCUCCAAGUAUCGUAAUACUUUUGAAAUUUUCUGUUUUCUGUUUAAACACAAUAGUUUCAUUUUACAUAAUAUUCAUUAACUUAAACUACAUAUCAUUUAUAAAUUCCAUGUUUUUUAAUAUACUGUGAAACGAUAGUUAAUAUCUUUUAAAAACGGAACUUUUCUUCUGCAGAUGAAUAGUAGAACCUUUGCAUACAAAUCUAAUUCUAAUUCAUCGUCUAGCUCAAAUUUAUUUUCAGUUACUUUUUGAGUCUUUGUUUUAAAUAAGUUGUAUAAUAUUGUAAAAUUUUGCAAGUAGUAUUAUCUCUAUAUGAAAAUUGAUCUAGAUAAUUGUAACAAGGAUUGAAGAAAAGGAAUAACAUAUUUGAUGCCACUGUUAAGAGUACUUUACAAAUCUUAUAUAUUUAUACAAAGUACUAUAAUAGCACAAUUUCCAAAAAAAGAAUUUCCUUAUGUAUGACAAAAUUUAAGUUUUCAGACCAGUCAUAAUUUUGACUGGUGUGUAAGAUUCAACAGUAUACAAGUUUGUAUGAAAGAUGAUUAUGUAAGAUUUAACUCAUUGCAUCUGCUGUAUAAUUAAACUUCUUUAUGAAUAUUUUUAAAAGCAUAGACUUACUAAUGAUGAUGUGCUUAAUUUUCAUUAUUGAUAUUAAGGAACCUUUCGUAAAACAUUUAAAUGUGAAUUUGAAGAACCAGUUGGAUACUGAAUUAUAUUUAAAACUUGCUUUUGAAGUGUAUGCAUGUACUAAGAGGUAGGUUUUUGAGUGUCAUGAAAGCAGUCCAUAGUAUUUGUUUGCUAUCUGUUAUCUAAAUUUAAUUAUUGUAUAGAACUAUACAAUUAGAAUUAAUAUAGUUUUUCUACAUUUUGCAAUAAAAUCUGCCUGUUGUAAUUUAAUUUUGUUAAAAUAUGCAUAAAUUUUAUUAAUACUUGAAUUAUAUCAGUGCUAAUAAGAGUGCACUUGAUGUUAUAUGAGCCUAAGUAUAUAUAUAUAUAUUGGAGCUUCUUUUCAAACUUUUGACGCCUUAUUUGACAAAAUACAUUUUUGUACUUAUUGCUGCCUUAUUGCAUAUCAGAUACCUGUAAUUUUCAUAGUUAGACAUAUGACCUUGUAUUACAUCACAUAGCUGAUGGUUGUUUUUACAUUUUUAAAAGUUAUAUAUACAUAUGAAUAGAACUGAUGUAUUAUAAGGGAUAGUUCACUGUAUGCCUUACAAUAUUAAAUUAAUACCUAUUUUCCUAUUUUUUCUUAAACAGGUAAAUUGUGUAUGAAGUGUAAAAAGUAUGAAAUAAAAUUUAUGAUAAUAUUUUAA